GUGUGUUGGUGGCUGCGAGCAAGAAGCGCAGCCGCCGGUAGGCCGUGGCAGCGAACGGGGCGCCAAACGCCGAACGCGACUCGCAUUCCAGUCUUGCUGGCGACCUCGUCGGGAACCGCGUGCGUCUCGCUCCAACCCCCUUACAGCUGCUCCACUAGCAGGGCAGGCACGGUGCACUUUAUUCUGACUCGAUUGUUUUGUGCUCCAAAGUGAGUCUUCUUGGAUUGCCUGCCGAUUUUCAAGGUGGAGGUUGUUGCUUAGGAUAUCAAAGGUUAAGAUGAAGAUCAGAGACGCACACACCGCUCCUUCCAGCCGGAUACAGCUGCUGACGUCGACAGGACAGAGCUAAACCGGCCAAUGCCAACGGAAGCGAAUUCAGGCUUGAACCACAGGAGGGCGAGAAGACUGCCGCGGCGAGCAAUGAAGGUGUGACUAUGCCGUCGGCAGCCGCUGCUGAGGGCCAUGAGCAAGCUCCGCAGCCACUGCCGCCGCUGCUCGCCGCCCCACCGCAAAGUGCGCCUCCGUCAGCCGAUCGGGCACGUGAACCCAUACGUGCUGCUGCUGCUGGUGUGUCUGGCGUGUCUGUGCGGCGCCGAGUGUCCGCGCGCGUGCGAGUGCAAAUGGAAGAACGGCAAAGAGACAGUGUUGUGUGUGAACGCCAACCUGAGCGUGAUCCCCGAUGAGUUAGACGCCGGGACGCAAGUGCUCGACUUCACGGGCAACGCGGUGGUCGAGGUGGGCCGCGACGCCUUCAGCGACGCCAGCCUGACCAACCUGCAGAAGAUCUACCUGGCCAAGUGCCGUAUCAAAUCGCUGCACCGCUUCGCCUUCCGCAAACUGACCAACCUGGUCGAGUUGGACCUGAGCAGCAAUCAGCUGACCGCGGUGCCGUCGCACAUUUUCGAGUCCAUCUCGGAGCUGCGCGAGAUCAAGCUGAGCGGCAACCCCAUCCAGAGGGUGUCCAACGACGCCUUCAAGAAGGUGCCGCAGCUGGUCAGGCUGGAGAUGAGCGAGUGCCGCCUUGGCACGAUCGAGCAGCGCGCUUUCGCAGGACUGGAAAAGUCGCUGACGUUCCUCAAACUCGACAACAACAUGAUGGUGGCCAUCAAGGCCACAUCGCUGACCGACCUCAAGAGCCUCGCCGGCCUGGACCUUCACAAUAACCCGUGGAACUGCUCCUGUGGUCUCAAGCCGCUCAGAGAGUGGAUGCUGAACGUCAAGAUUCCAUACAGCGUGCCGCCUGUCUGCCAUUCUCCCUCGAGAGUGGCGGGAAAGACGUGGGACAAGCUGGAGCUUGACGAUUUUGCGUGCGUACCUGAAAUCGUAGCCAGGGCCGUGGUGACCAAGGGUGUCGAGGGCAGCAACGUGACCAUGAGUUGCAGAAUCGACGGUGUUCCCGAGCCCAAGGUCAGGUGGUUCUGGAAGAACCGAGUAAUAGCCAAUCUUACGGGGUCUGCGUUCAACCGCAAGACGUACAUGGUGCACGAACUCGGGGACACGGCGAAGGCGAGCAACCUGACCAUUUUGUCGGCUGAAAUCCAAGACGCCGGCGUCUACGUGUGUUCAGCAGAGAAUAAAGCGGGCAAGGUGGAGGCGAACGUGACCCUGGCGAUGUCGAGGAAAGCACCCGAGCCGCCGAUGACCGGUCGGGUGGUUAUAGCCGGAAUAAUCGUUGCCGCCCUUUUCGUCGUCGCUCUGUCGCUAGUCGUCGUUUGUGCGUGCACCAUCCGCAGGAAAAACAACCUUCGGAUGGAGAGGCGGCGUCGACGCGAGGACUCGUACGAAAAGAUCGAACUGAAUCAUAAAGGUGCUAGCAUGAACGGUCGGAACCCCGGCGUCACGGUCAGUGCUGUCAACCUCCAGCAUCACGAGAUCAGAAAGCACGGCGAUUACCGAGGCGUGUCCUGCGUCGACGACCCUGCGGACAACCUGCUGAGGAACAAGUACUCGCCGAAGGACCAGUGGGAUGCCAGAUCGCCUGAUGGGGCCAAUAGCAGCGAGGCUGGGCACAACGCUGACGUGGAGAGUUGCGCUGCGAGCAGAAACAUGGUCAGCGACAGCGAGACCAGCGACCCCGAGACGCUCAAAUCUGGAGUAGCUUCCAGCAUUAGAAGUGGCAGAAGCGAGUUGCCGUCGUACACGUCCGGCCGCGGCCUGCAGUUCUGCUCGUCCGACCUGAGCGGCCUGGCGGAAAGCCGCCACGCCGAACGGGUGCCCAGCAUAGAGAUGAAAGACUUGCACAUCCACGCGCCGCCACUGCCCCCCGACCCCAACGAGGCCAAGUACCAGCCGUACGACCCUCGGUACGGCUCGGAGAGUUUCUGCACGCUGCCGCGGCGGCCGCCAGAGCGUCGGUGGCGCCGCGGCGGCUGUUCGGACAGCAGCCAGUCGCCGCUGCUGCCGGACAGCCGCUACACGAGCAGCAGCGGCGACUCGAUGCGUCGCUUCUCGACGGACAACAUGGUGGCCGGCGGGCAGCGCUCGUCCAGCUCGCUCAACCUGUGCUCGGGCGAAAUGUUCGCCUCGUCUGCCGCUGUCGUGAGUGGCGCCGCUGCAGCUUUCAAUAAGAGACACACACUUACGAGAUUCCCUAGCCUGCCUACCUCUCCCGUGGACAAUGUGCGCGACCAGCCGCCAGUGUACGCGACGCCGGCCACCAAGAGCAAUGUCGUCAACUCUUAUGACUACCACGCGGCCCAACUUGAGCGUUUCCUCGAGGAGUAUCGCUCCUUGCAGGAGCAGUUGAGCAAAAUGAAGGUUGCUCAUUGUUCCCAGGAGACGUGCGACUCGUUGCGCAACGACAACCGCCGCAGCCUCGCUGAGCCGCUGCUGAACGUGAACGCGCUGGCCGACGAGGUGAACAACUCGCGCACCAUCCUGAGCAGUCAGUCUGCGGCGGCGGGCACGCCGGUCAACCCGUCGGCCGAGUUCAGUCCCCAAAACCACAAUACGCCACCCUACUGGGUGCCCAGGACCACGCUCAGACGCUUCAGCGGCACCGGCGGCGGUGCCGAUUUCUACCAAAGCUGAUUGCCCUUCUCUUUGGACGGUGUGAGAUCAAUUUUAAUGUAAAUAUAUUGGUGAAUGUUUCUUUGGUGGUGACGUUUUUAUCACUCGUUGUUGUUGAAUGAGCUGUUGUUGUUACUACGGAGUAAACGCGCGCCCUUGUAUGCAGAAAAAAAAAUAUAAAACUGGGUGGUGCGGCGGAGGUUUGUGGCCGGGCCGCCCGCCCGCCUAUUAUUAUCAUUAUGAUCGUUACCGCGUAUAACACAAUGGGAAAUCGAUAUUUGAGGAAAGCAAGGCCGAGCUUCGGCACCAAGACGGGUUGCUUUUCUUGGGGAGAAACAUUUGUUGUGCCAUCUCAGGCGCGUUAUUGGUCUUUAUUUUCUUUUCAAGUUAUUACAGAAAGAAUAACAAACGCAAAAAUAUCAAGAAUGGAAACUCAUUUCUCAACUGUAGAGCAACUCUUGUAUGAAAAUUAUUAACAUAAAUUAUGCUGUACAAGAAUAAAAAUCUUCCUGUUUUAUUAA